AUGAAUAAUUUAUUACGACGAAGAUUUUUCUGUAUUUCAUCAAUUCAGGACUCACAGGAAUAUUUAACUCAUUGUUUGAUCAAUGGUAAUUUGAAUUCAACUGUUUUUAAAGGUACUUUAUAUGAAUUAUAUGUUAAACUGUAUUUAGAAUCAAAUUUCCAUUGUUUUGAUUUAAUUAAAAUUGGAGGUGCUAAUGAUAAUGGUGCUGAUAUAAUUGGUAGAUGGAAUUUACUACCUUUUUAUGAAGAAAUUAAACAUGAAGAAAUUGGUAAAUUACCAGUUGGUGCUUCUUUACUCAAAACAUCAAUUGAACUGAAAUAUUUUAAUUGUGCGAGAACUCAAACUUCAUUAUCGGAUAUUAAUUUGGUGGUGCAAUGUAAGAACCACAAGGGUAAAUUGGGUCCCAUGUAUAUUAGAGAAGCAGGAAUUGUACUUAAUCAUUUAAAAUAUCCUAAAAAUUCAAGUUUUAUGUUUAUUGUAUCUCCUAAUAAUUUAAGUACUAAAGCAAUUGAUCAAAUGAAUAAUACUCAACUGGCUUUAAUUCAUUUAUCUAUUACUCCUUUAACUUGUGAAAAUCAUUCAAAAGAUCUUAAAAAAUGGAAAGGUGGUAAUUUAUCACUGAUUUAUAUAAAUAAUUAUGCUAGAAAAUUAUUAAUGGGAUUUAAAAUGGAACAACAAUUAAAAAAAUAUAUAUUAGAUUAG